AUGUUCAAGAAGAAGGCUACAUACAAACCAGCCUCGUCCAUCAAUGGCAAGCUACGUAAACAGUUCGUCGCUCAUCUGACAACUGCGUAUCCGCACUGCUUUCACGGACUUGAGGAAGAAACGAUGAAGCAAAAAGUUGCUACUCUUGUUCCGCCUACACUGGAAUCAUGCCUAGCCUUGACCGCCAAGGGUGAAAAGGUCACACUCUAUACGCAGGGCAAGCUGCCACGUUAUGUACAGCUUGAAGAGCCCGGAAAAGGCCUAUCGCUUGUGCCUACGCUAUAUACGUUGCAGCUAGCGCCUGACCUACUACCAUGCGUUGUGGUGCCUUUCCAAGUCACAGCUUUCCUGCAAUCUGGUGCAGAUCUCAUGAUGCGUGGUAUACAAGUCUUCCCACAAGUCGAGGCAGGUUUGCCUGUAGCCGUGGGUUUCCGCAAGGAAGAAGGGGAUCUCGUGCUUGUUGGUAUUGGCAUCACGGCGUUGAGCAAAGCUGCAUUUGAUGAAAGUAUGGCGACCUCUGCAGCAGGUAAAGGAGUCUUGAUGAUUGCUUGUAUCGGGGAUACGUUGCACCCCAAUAUGACAUUGCCUGGUCCAGCGGCGCCUUUACCGGGUCAUGCACCGCCGAUUCUACAACAAGCAAUACAGGUCGCCGCUCAGGAGGAGCCACUGGAAAAUUGGCAAGAAGUCACAACAGAGCUCGAAACGGUCGAACUUGCUGAACCUACUCAAGUAUCUCUACAGAUUCCGACAACGGCAGAAGCUGAGCAUGCGUUUGAGCAAGCGUUGCUAUAUGGACUCUAUCAAAUACGCGAAGAGGCGAUACCUUUGGCAUUGCCAAUGCCUUCAAGUACGUUAAUGGAGAGACACAUCUUACCAUUUCUUGCAACAGAAGAAGGCUAUGAGACCCCUGGAAUCAAGCAAACAUCAUGGAAAAAGACGAGCAAGUUUCUUGCAAAGCAAAAAACUUUGCUGAAAUGCAAAGAACAGCAAGGUCAGACUAUUGUAACGGACGUCACAUGGGAUGCACCUGCCCUGCGAGAGUUUGUGCCUCACCCCCUGGCGAACCAGGAAGAUGAUGAACCUGCGCCUGUCAAAAAGGCCAAGCCAAAAGUAUUAGACCUGCAAGAUCUUUACACACUUCCAGCCAAGUUGGCGCCCAUUCUCGAUUUCGAGCAAGCACGUCUAAUGACAGAGCAACAGAUCAAUACCCUCUUGAUGCGAUACUAUGAACGUGAAUCGCUCAUCAUCAGCAAGCACAACGUUAGGGUUGAUCCCAUGCUGGCAGACCUAUUGCUGCCAUCUGACUACCCACACGAGACCGUCUCGACACGGGUCUUGCUGAAACGUUGUCUUGGCAUGGCAACGCAUUCCUAUCGUAUUGGCGAUACAGGACGUGUUAGAAAGGGCGUCCCGCCAAAAGUUCUCAUCAACGUGUGCGGUCGUGCCGGCAAAGGUGGACGCGUUACUACCGUGGUGACACAACUAGAGGCGUACUUUCAAGAGGAUGCUUUGGAGGAGAUUGCAGAACGAUUGCGUGUCCAAUGUGCUGCAUCGACGAUUGUACGGCCAGGUUUGAAGGCUGGAUCAAUGGAAGUCAUGGUGCAAGGUCCCUGGGCUGAUCAAGUUCGAGCGGUGCUGGAAGAGCGUGGCAUGGCCCCUGUUUGGAUCACGGUUGAAAAGACCACCAAGAAGAAAUGA